AUGACGCCGGCAGAAUCAAAGCCGGUCAUCCCCAUCCCGAUUUCGAGGCCGCACCAGAACCACCAGACACAACAAGCUGAAUCCUCCUCGGCCGCGUCCUCUGCACGUCGCGGGGCCCAGUCCCCGACUCGAUACAAGAAGCGCGGCUACGGCCACUCUUGCCAUGCCUGCCGAGUUCGCAAAGUCAAGUGCGAGGACGGCGAGAACCCACCCUGUAAGGCGUGCCGGGAGGCAAACACGGUCUGCGAGCAAGUGCCCAGCAAGCGGGCGAAGAAGCCGCGCGAGUUCGAUCCAGCGAUCAUCGACGACUUUGAGCGACGCUUGCAGCGUCUCGAGAGUCUCGCUCACAUCCCACGCUCCCCGCCACCACACGGCUACUCCCCCUCCCCCAUCAAUGCUUCAGCACCGCUGCCACCCGACUUUGAGCCACCGGGCAGCUCGCUUCGGGGAGCUUCAGCGCUGCCAGAUAUAAGUGGGCUGCCCGGAGUGAGCGUCGGAAGUGUGGGCAGCGUGGGUGUGCGAGACUUCGAAGGCAGCGGGAGCAACAGCGCAAGCGGCGAGGUGGAGCUCGGUCGACCACAGUACCACCUCGGCACAGCCAAGCGGCCAGUGUACCACGGCGAGCUGAGCAUGUUCGAGGACCCCGAUGGCCGACCCUCGGCGGCCGCAUCGCCGACGCACGAGGAGGCUUCACCACAGGUUUGGAGCGAGGAACGAUUACGUGCCGCCGCGAGGCUGAGGCAUCGCUACGCCGACCCAGACGACGGCGAGGCAUGGCUCGACGCAUACUUCUCCUGGGCUAGUCCGGUGUACGCCGUCGUGCAUCGGCCGACAUUUCUCCGGGACAUGGCGCUCGGGGGCCCGUACUUCUCCGAGUUCCUGCUGAUUGUCAUCUACUGCACGGGCAUCCGCCUCACGUACAGCAUGGACGAGGCCGAGCGCACGCAAAAGGGCGAGCACUAUGUCAACCUUGCCAUGAAUAUGUUGGCCGACCAGGUCAUGGGUCCGGGGCGAAUAUGCACUGUUCAAGCGCUACUCGGGCUGUCGGGACGCCAAUGCGCGUUGGGACGGACGAACCAGGCCUGGAUGCUCGCGGGCAUGGCAAUAAGGAUGAUGCAGGACAUGGGUCUGCACCUGGCCGUCGGAGACGAGAGCCGAUUCUCUCAGGAGGACAGGGACAUGCGACGGCGGAUCUACUGGUCCGCUUACUGCUGGGACAAGACACUAGCUCUGACUUUGGGUCGUGAGCCGUCACUCCUCCUCCGAGCGGGACUCACGCCCGACAUCAUUCCCCCCGAUGCCGACGAUGAGCUGCUGUGGUCUCCCGCCCUGCCGCCGGGUAAAGCGCUCCCGAUGGGACAGUACCCUGCUCAACCGUUGCUAAAGUCCUUCUGCCUGCGCCACUUUGCCGCUCUCAACAUCCAGCUCGAGAGUAUCAUUGCCAACAUGUACAGUCCGGGGAGUGCGCACGCGCGUUCGCACCAGUAUCUCUCGAUGGCAAUUGAGCGUCUUGAGACAUGGCGAAGACAGCUGCCAGCCGAGCUCAAGCUCGAAGCGGGCAACCUCCCGCUCUUCUCCCCGCCGACAAACAUCAUGAUCCUCAACAUGCUGUACCACGCCAUGCGGAUCCUGAUCUACCGCCCCCUGCUUACCGCCAACAACCGGUCCGGCCCCAGCAGUGCGCUGAACCACUGCCGCUCGGCGGCGAUCGGGAUCCAUGAGCUGCUGAGCCUCUGGGGGAGGACAUUCGGGCACACGUGCUUGCACUAUCUCCUGCUGUACUGCUGCUUCCUGAGUGCGUGUGUCGACAUUAUCCUGAUCCGCACGGGAUCCGCCUUCAUUCGCGCCGAAGCAUUGCAGCGCGUGCACCUCUGCCUCGAGAUCCUGGAGACUGCCUCGAUGCAGGGACCGGGAAUCAAGCGCGGCAUCAGGAGCAUCCACACGCAGCUGAACCGGGCGAGCGAGGAGUUCCAACAACAGCAGCAGCAGCACACCCGGCACCGGCGCGAGCGGAACAACCACGAGCGCGACCCGCAGGGACCAGCAACGUCCAGCUCCAUGGGCCUCGACACGCCCGCGGGGCCCGCGACGGGCCAGACGCAGAUCUCCGACAGCAGCUCCAUGAUCCUCCCCAGUCCACAAGACGUGCACGGGAUCUGGUUCGACGGCGGCGAGGUCUGGGACAAUGCGAACCUGCUCCAGAUCCUCGGCCCCGCGCCACUGAAUACGGAGGAUCCCUUCAGCUUCGCGCUCGACCACCUCGACAACAAUGGCGGCUUCAACCUCUACUAA